UAUUAAAAAGAAUUUCACCGCAAAGCAAAAAAAAUAAAAGUUUCAGUAAAAUAAAUUGUUUUAACUUUUUGGUAAACACUUUGUUUCGUACACAGCUCGUGUAAUGGCGUAUCAUUUUAGUGCUAAUCAGUUCGAGAAGCCUUAUAACGCAAAACGUUUAUGUAAUUGGGAGUUACCAAAGUGGUAUCCACCGCGGCCACGUAGUCACAAGAAGCCGACGAAAGUAGUUGCCAACAACAACGGACAUUUGUUGUGCAGCGUUGAACGUACGGACAAGAAUCCUUGGGGCUACUUCCGCAGCACGUAUGAGCUACCACGUAAAAUAACACGCAAAUUUGCCGAUGAAUACAAUGAAUGUCUGAUUCGAAAACAUAAAUGGCGUAAUUUUCCGCAUAAGAAGACGGUGUGUGGCAAAAAGGAUGAACCACCCAAAUGUGAUGACAAAUGUGAGACCAUUAGACGAAUCUUCACACCAGGUGAGAAAGGCAUUGGCAAGUGCGCUAAGGGUCAAGAGAAAAAGAAAACUAAGAAGAAACCGAACAAGGAGAAUAAAGCCGAAGAAACUUGCGAAAUCAUACAAACUCCACCAGCAUGCUAAGCACAUUCCCAUUUUGAAAUCAUUUCAUUUUUAUUUUUUAAUUUGUAGCCACUCAAAUAAUAUAUAACGGAAAUCGGAAAAAAAGC